ACAGAGACUGGUCAUCACACAUUUUACAAGAAAGCUUAUUCAGUUCUACAAGAGAAAAUACCUUUCUUAAUUUCUGAAAUGAAGAUCAAAAUAUUGAAAAGUCUCCUCUAUCUGACAAUGGUUGUCUUGUUACAGCCCAACAUCUCUCUCAAUGCUCCAAAUGGAGGGAUGUUCUGGGGACUUCAGGGGCCAGAGGUGACCAGGGGCCACAGCUUCUCCAUCACCUGCUCCAUUCAGCCACAGUAUCCUGGAGGCCUCUUCUGCCUGAAAUUCUCUGGGUCCAACAGGACUGAAACUGAGCCAGCAGUCAACCACUCUGCCUCCUUUCACUUUCCUGUUGCAGACUAUACAGACCAGGGGAACUACAGUUGUGUUUAUGAAGUUAAUGUCUCCACCCUGUCAUUCCAUUCUACCAAGACAGAGUUGCUGACGGUCAGCAUUCGAGCAUCCAUAGUCCCCGUUAUUGCCUCUGGUGCAAUAUGUGGGCUACUGCUCCUCCUCCUGCUGCUCAUUCCUUGUCUAGUCUGGAGGAAGAUAAGCAGCAGAGAGCAGUCUAUUAUGAUAAACCCAAGAGAAACUGCCAAUAACAUUAGCACAUAUGGAAACACUGUGGUUGCAGCGAGUGAAGAAAAUGAUGAAGAGGACUAUGUCAACGUAGAAACCUUUGUCAACAAGAGAAAAGAUGAAGACUUGAAAAAAGGAUGCCAUGCAGGAAUGAAUGCUCCGGGAUCCAUGAACAAGUGUGGAAACAACCAAGGUGAAGGGCCAGAGGCAAGUGAGGAAGAUGAGUCCGACUAUGAAAAUGCAGAUAUCUUCACAGAGAGGGAUUUUGCUGAAGACAUCUACGAUGAAGACAGUGAGUCUUUAGACCUGGAGCAGCUCACUUCAUGUAAAUCUGGAAGGGAGAAUGACUAUGAAGAAGAUGACAACAUAUACGCAAACAAUGAGUGAAGGCCUUGUAAUACGAAUGCUGAUGCAGAGAUAUGCCAGGAAAGGCAUGAAAGGUUAGCUUUGUGAGUUGAAUUAUAAUGGCUUAAUUUAAAAACAACUUAAAAAACAAAAUGUUCACUUAGUAGAUACGAGUAAUGGCUUUGUGUGAAUAUGAAUUACAAUGUAAAUAGUUUGCGUGUAUGAGUUCUAGUUGUAUUGUUGCCAGGUAAUUGUAUGAGUUUUCUGACUUAACUUUGUUAUAUAUAUAUUUUUUUAAUUAUGACAUUAUUUACUUCAGUUUAAAAAGAGUGAUUGUCUUGAUGAAUUGGCUGAACGCAUUGAACAUAAUCUAUUAUUACAUUUUUUAAAGUAAAUAUAUUAAUACUUUAGACUGUUUAUCUUCUAUAACGUUCAGUGUGCUGUCAAGGAGUUGUGCUGUCAAAGAAUAGUCGUAGCAAUGACUGGUUGUGAUGUGCUAAACUUGAGAUCUACACUCUUAGAAAAAAGGGUCCCAAAAGGUUUUCUUGGCUUUCUGCAUAGGAUAACCCUUUUUGGUUCCAGGUAGAACUCUUUUGGGUUCCAUGUAGAACCAUCUGUGUAAAGGGUUCUACCUGGAACCAAAAAAGGAUUCUUCAAAGGGUUCUCCUAUAGGACAGCUGAAGAACUAUUUUAGGUUCUAGAUAGCACAUUUUUUCCCCCAAGUGUACAGUAUGACAAAAAGCAAAUACACUUGUACUGUAUUGUAUAGAAUCUAACAAUAAUUUUGAUUUCAGUGUACAUUUUUGAUUAUUGUGUGUGUGACUAUAAAGAACAUGAAAUCCAUGAAA